AUGUCGGCGCAACGUUUGGAAACAAUUGGUCGACAUAUCCGACUGAGUACCCAAUAUAAAAACGAGCCGGUACGUGCUGAAUACCGUUUCACAUUAGAAAAUGGAAUGUUGACCGAUGAGCAACGUGAUUUUUAUGAAAAGAAUGGUUUUAUUGUUAUUCGAAAUUUAGUAACACCGGAAGCACUCGAACGAUUCCGAAAACGUUUCCAAGAUGUCUGCACAGGCAAAGUCGAAACAUUUGGCAUGACAAUCAUGAAAGAUAUCGCAAUUGCGAAAUCGGAAUUUGCCGAUGGUGAAAAGGCAAUAACUAAAAUUCAAGAUUUUACAUUGGAUGACGAAUUGUUUAAAUACUGUUGUCUUCCAGAAAUUAUUCAAUAUGUUGAAAGUUUCACUGGUCCAAAUAUCAUGGCAAUGCAUACAAUGUUGAUUAAUAAACCACCUGAUCCGGGUACUCAAACAUCACGUCACCCACUUCAUCAAGAUUUGUACUAUUUUCCAUUUCGACCGACUGACCGAAUUGUUUGUGCAUGGACAGCAAUGGAACAUAUUCAUCGUGGAAAUGGCUGUCUAGUCGUUUUGCCAGGCACACAUAAAGGUGAACUUAUAGAACAUGGAUACCCUCAAUGGGAAGGUGGUGUGAAUAAAAUGUAUCACGGAAUCCAAAAAUUUGAUCCAAAUGCUGAACGUGUUCACUUGGAAAUGUGGACAGGUGAUACUGUUUUCUUUCAUCCAGUGUUAAUUCAUGGUAGUGGAACGAAUCGAACGGAAGGCUUUCGAAAAGCUAUAUCCUGUCAUUAUGCUGAUUCCGGCUGCGAAUAUGUGGAUUGCGGUGAUGUGCAAGAUUUGAUUUCGAAGGAGGUCACAGCAAUAUUUCGAAAACGCACAGGUGUCGAAGAUGCUCGUUUUGAAGAUGUUUGGAGAGUCAAAAGCCGACUUGUGAAAGGAGAACGAAUCAAUUUAUGA